AUGACCGCGUUUCGUCUGCAGGCUCUGAAGCUCCUCCAGACCAGCGUGCCUGUGCCGUCUGCGGUCAGUGCCCAGCAGGUGGCGUCUCAGGUGCCAGUCCAGCAACAGGCGCAGACUGUUCAACAGGUCCAGCAUGUGUAUCAAGCACAGGUGCAGUACGUUCAGGAGGAAAACAACAGCGUUUACACCAACGGAACCAUACGGACGUAUUCAUACUCAGAGCCGCAGCUGUACAACCAGAACAGCGGCGGGAACUACUUCGAUACGCAGGGCAGCUCGGCUCAGGUGAGCACUCACAGUAUGGCCAACAACGGCAACGGGAACGGCGUUCUGGCCAUGGGGCUGUCAGGAGGCCAGAUCAUCAGCAGCUCAGGAGCGUAUCUGAUUGGAGGAAACUCCAUGGAUGGCUCCGCCCCUCACAGCGCGGCUCAGGCCACUAGAGCCUCCCCCGCCACGAUUGAAAUGGCGAUUGAGACGCUCCAAAAGUCUGAAGGUUUGUCCAGUCAGAGAAGUUCGCUGCUCAACAGCCAUCUGCAAUGGCUCCUGGAUAAUUACGAGACAGCAGAGGGCGUGAGUCUGCCGCGCUCCACGCUCUACAGUCACUACCUGCGCCACUGUCAGGAGCAGAAACUGGACCCGGUCAAUGCUGCGUCUUUUGGGAAGCUCAUCCGCUCCAUCUUCAUGGGGCUGCGCACCCGCCGCUUGGGCACCCGAGGGAACUCUAAGUAUCACUAUUACGGGAUUCGCGUGAAGCCGGACUCUCCUCUGAACCGGUUGCAGGAGGACAUGCAGUACAUGGCACUGAGACAGCAGCCCGUCCAACAGAAGCAGAGAUUCAAGCCAGUACCGAAGAUGGAUGGUGUUUCAGGGGAGAACUUCUCCGCCGGGGGGCAGCACACACCCAGCGCUGCAGAGCAGACGUUCAUCGCUCAAAGCCAGCACCAUCAGCAGUUCCUCGACGGGUCCAGAGCUCUGCCAGAGUUCGCUGAACUUGACCUCGGAGAGCCUGUGGAAGGCGUCGAACCAGAGGACGUCAAAGCCCUUCAGACGCUGUACAGAGAGCACUGCGAGGCCAUUUUGGACGUAGUGGUGAACCUUCAGUUCAAUCUAAUCGAGAACUUGUGGCAGACUUUCUGGCGCUAUUCUCCAUCCAGCUCCAUAGAGGGCGCCACCAUCACAGAAAACAGUGGUGUGAGCGAGAUCGAGGGCCGCCUGCCGCGGACCACACUGGUUCUGCUCUGCGGAAACGAGGCAGUGCUAAAGUGGAUGAACACCUGUGAUCACCUGAUGUAUCAGGCCCUCGUGGAGAUCCUCAUCCCUGAUGUUCUGAGACCCAUUCCUAGUGCCUUGACUCAAGCCAUCCGUAAUUUUGCCAAAAGCCUUGAGGGCUGGCUCACCAACGCCAUGAGCAGCAUCGCCCAGAGAAUGAUCCAGACCAAGGUUUCCGCUGUUAGUGCCUUCGCUCAGACGCUCCGCAGAUACACGUCUCUGAAUCAUCUGGCGCAGGCGGCUCGUGCAGUGCUGCAGAACACCUCCCAGAUCAACCAGAUGCUCAGCGAUCUCAACCGGGUUGACUUUGCCAAUGUGCAGGAGCAGGCAUCGUGGGUGUGCCAGUGUGAAGAGGGCUUGGUUCAACGCCUCGAGCAGGACUUCAAGGCCACCCUCCAGCAGCAGAGCUCCUUGGAACAGUGGGCAGCUUGGCUAGAUAACGUGGUCACUCAAAUGCUCAAGCCGUACGAGGAUAAACCCACCCUCCCCAAAGCUGCACGCCAGUUCCUGCUCAAGUGGUCCUUCUACAGCUCUAUGGUCAUCAGAGACUUGACCCUUCGCAGUGCUGCGAGUUUCGGCUCUUUCCACUUGAUCCGGCUGCUGUACGACGAGUACAUGUUCUAUCUGGUGGAGCACCGCGUCGCACAGGCCACAGGAGAGACGCCCAUCAGAGUUAUGGGAGAGUUUCAGGACCUGAAUACCAUGUCACCUGCCAACAUCGACAAAGACGAGGUGAGCGAGAUGGACAGUGAUUUGGACGAGGAGAUGGAGGAGUCCGACGAGCCUCUAACCAAGCGGGAGAAAGCGGAGCCGGAGGUCAUCCAGGUGCUGCAGGUGGGAGCGAUGGAGGACGGCAGCAGCGCGGUGGUGAGCGUGGUUCAACCCAGCAUGCUCAGCGCUCUGCCCUCGACCGCCGGCAGUCACACCGAGCACAUCCUCAGCUCGAGCGGAACCAGCACCAUCCGCCACUGCGGCAGCGUGGGAAACACAUACGCCUCGGUCUGAAAGCCCGUCCGUUUCUGCGCUCUCAGUGCCAUCCGUCUCCAAAACAUCCAGUCUUAUCCUUAGAGAAAACGGAAGAGACUCGCAUCCGCAGAGCUCCAGUAAAUCAACUUUAGGAUGUGAUGAGAUGCUGAUUGUAAAGUUUAAAGCCCUAAUGUUCCCAGGUGAAAAACAGUGCACUUCCAUAAUAUACUGAAAGUGCUCUAAUUCUGUACUUAAUAUACUAAAAAUGACUCUUCAGUACUUCUUAAAAUCAA